UUGACUGUCCAGGCGUUUAGCUGCUACGCUAGCAGAAUUUACGGGAUAGCAAGAAUAUAACGUGAAUAUCACAUAAAUUACCUGGCAAAAGUGUGACGGUAUUAAAGUAGUAAUAUAUUAUCUUUAUUUUCAGUACCCUGUCAUUGGAUAGAAUACACGACAAAAAGAAUUAAGAGCUAAUUUAGCCGCGAGCCCUGUAAGUGACUCUCGCUCGCCCCCGUCUGUAGCAGCUCGCACACAUUGAUUAGACAGACGUGGCAUAAGAAACCGUUUGUGUGGUCCGAUCAAAGCUAUCGAUUAUUUAUUAAAUAUCGUUUAUUUCUUUCGAUCGCGAGCAUGGCCUCUGGUGUGGGCAAAUGGGAGGUGGUGAAGAAAGGAAAGAAACCGAAUAACAGCAGCGUUUCCGGUGAAAAACCUCAACAACAGGAGAAGAAAUCGAGCAGGAAAGCGUUGAGGGAGGCCAACAUGGGCCAAACUGACACGAACCGCAUCAUGUCUGAGACCAUCUUCGACGGCUUUGAGAAGAUGGGGAAGAAGCAGAAUAAGGAGCAGGUUCCUCCUCCAGUGGAACUCCAGCAGAAGAAACCAAACACGGGGAAACCGACCAAGAAACCCCCUUCAAACGGCAGCACCAAACCCAGCAACUACAGAACACUGGAGGAGGCCGUCAAAGCCUUGGAUGUGUUGGAGUUAAGGCAGCAGUUGGAGAAAAGUCAAACACUGUUUCCCGAGAAUCCGUCCGUCUGGGUGAAGGAUCUCGCAGGAUACCUGAACUACAAACUGCCGGCGCCGGACACAGACCCCACACUCAGCAGCUACACACAUGAUUACCCAUACUGCCUCACUGGGAAGGAGUUGAGGGGCGUUAUUAAAAACCUGCUGAGCAAAAGUUCAGACGUGCUGCCGGAGUUCUUCGACCACUGUGUUUUCAGUAUGCUCCGAGAACAGGACAGACAGCCAUGUGAAUCUCUGCAUGGCUACAGGAUGUGCAUUCAAGCUAUCAUGCAGGACAAACCCAAAAUAGCCACGCUGAACCUCGCCGACCACCUGGAGCUGCUGCGGUCUCAUCAGAAUCGUCCGGUGAAGUGUCUGAGCAUCAUGUGGGCGCUGGGACAGGCGGGGUUCUACGACCUCAGUCAGGGCAUCAUUGUUUGGUUGGGGAUAAUGCUUCCUGUUCUCGGGAUCAAAUCUCUCUCUGCAUACGCCAUCGCAUACCUGGAGCGACUCCUCACUCUUCAUGCCAACCUGACCAAAGGGUUUGGCAUUAUGGGGCCAAAAGAAUUCUUCCCGCUGCUGGACUUUGCUUACAUGCCCAAAAACGCUCUGUCACCAAGUCUACAGGAGCAGCUGUGCCGGCUGUACCCGCGACUGAAGGUGCUGGCGUUCGGCGCGAAACCCGAAUCUACCCUUCACACCUAUUUCCCCUCCUUCCUGUCACGAGCCACGCCCAACUGUCCUGAUGCCAUGAAGAAAGAGCUGCUCAACAGUCUGACGGAGUGUCUGUCGAUAGACGGCCAAAGUUUGAGUGUGUGGAGGCAGUUAUACACCAAACACCUGCCCCAGUCCAGUCUUCUGUUAAAUCACCUGCUCAAGUCGUGGAACUCGCUGUCACCGAAGGUACGGAAAAACCUUCAGGAUACCAUCCAGUCCUUCAGAGUGACCAAUGAAGAGCUGCAGACCACUACAAACACACAGGAAAUACAGGAGUGCAACACGCUCUGCCAUUCUCUGCAGCUAAAGAUGCGCGGUCAGGGUUUCCCGUGGUGGCGGGUGUUGAUGAUGAUGUUGGUGUUUGGGGCCGGGUUCAUCGCACAUGACAUCAGGUCACAGGGGUCGUUCGCAGACUCGACGACAUCUCUGUACCUGGAGACGUCAGGAGUCACGGCCACAUCCCAGCAGGCCUGGAGCAAAGUGUCGAACUACAGCCAACAGGGCGUCAGCUGGCUGUCGGAGAACAUGCCGUAUUAUUACUCCCGUGCGGUGGAGACGCUGGGGCCGCUGCUGGAGGACGGGCAGGAGAGGAUGAAGGUGGCAGGAGUCCUCAUCUCUAAGAAGAGUUCAGAACUUUUACUGUGGCUACAGGAGAAUGUGCCACUUCUCAUAGAAUGGAUCAAUGUGAAUACUCCAGAGAGUGUGUUUCAGUGUUUAGAAUAUGUGAGGGACUUUCUGCUGUAUAUUUAUGAGCAGUUCAUCAUACCGUCCCUUCAGAAUCUGAACACGGCGCUACAACACACCUGGCAAAACCUACAGGACACCUGCAAUGGUGAAGUGUCGCUCCACUGUUUACAAAACCACCUGAAGUCCUUUACAUACAUCACCUGGAGUUACCUGCAGGACGCCAUGUCUGCCAUCAAGAGCCGAGCGCUAGAGCUGCUGUCAUGAGUGUGACACACACACACACACACACACACACACACACACACUCAUUGACAUACUAACACACUCACUCACACACACACACACACACACUCGUUGACAUACAAACACACUCACUCACACACACACACACACACACACACACACUCAUUGACAUACAAACACACACACACUCAUUGACAUACACACACACAAAGACACACACAAACUCAUUUACAUACACAAAGACACACACACACACACUCAUUUACAUACACACACAAAGACACACACACUCAUUUACAUACACAAAGACACACACACACACUCAUUUACAUACACACACAAAGACACACACAAACUCAUUUACAUACACAAAGACACACACACACACACACUCAUUUACAUACACAAAGACACACACACACUCAUUUACAUACACAAAGACACACACACACACACACACACA